AUGGAAGAACCUCAAGCUGGAUGCCAACCUGCUGUUGACGCCGUUCAGGAGAAAUUUCGCGAGGAACAUCAUUCUCAAGUGGAUAUAGAGCAUGCGUUGGUGCAAGAUGAUCCCCGUGAAUGGCGGAAAGCUCGCAAGUAUAUUGUUGUCGUGAUGAUAUGUGCGGCAGCCUUGAUAGCAGGGUUGACCUGCAACCUAUAUACACCUGCACUAGCCGAAAUGAAAGCUGAUCUGCAUGCGACUAGCGGACAAGUGAGCCUCACGCUGUCACUCUUCAUCUUAAUUCAAGGAGGGGCUCCGAUCUUCUGGAGCUCGGUCAGUGAGAUAAGAGGCCGAAAGGCAAGCCACACACUCGCACUUGUCUAUAUCGUGUCAAUUUCUUUAUGUUGUCUGGGUUCCGUAGUCUCAGCGUGCUCAAAAACGAUCAAAGUCCUCAUUGGCAUGCGUUGCCUGCAAGCAGCGGGUUCAAGUGCCGUAGUAUCUAUUGGUGCAGCAACUCUGGCAGAUCUGUUUGAACCCGUUGAAAGAGGCACAAUGAUGGGCGUUUAUCUAUGUGCUCCUUUACUUGGACCAUCCAUCGGUCCUAUCCUUGGUGGUAUCCUCACCCAAGCUUUCGACUGGCGGGCAACGUUCUGGUUACUGGCCAUUUUCACUGGUCUCUGUUCGCUCUCCUUCAUCUUCUUUACGGACACGUUUCGCCAAGAACGCAGCCUUACAUACCAGUCUGUGCUCAAGAGACUCAAGCUACAGGAGGAGAAGCACGCUGUGACGGCGAAGGACGCCGUUUCGUCGAAUGUGGCAGUCGCGCAGGGAGCAUCAGGCCGGGAGGUCGUUGAAGGAGAAGUAAAAAGCGAGACGAGUUCCGUCGAUACCAAGAUCGCCGAUCUGGAGGCCCAGAAGGGCCAGGUAGCAGGAUUGGAGCCCGUCAAACAGGCGAAGGUGACCUUGAGAGACAUGAAUCCCGUUGGCCCUAUGAUCUAUGUCCUCCGGCGCAAAAAUAACGUUGUUAUAAUCCUGGCAUCUGCGCUGCUAUUUGCAUUCGAAUUUAGCAUCACCUACACGGCAUCCUUGACGUUGGCGAACGAAUACCACUACGAUGCGCUCAAGAUUGGGCUAGUUCUGCUUGCAUUUGGCAUAGGUAUGUUACUUGGUAGUUUACUGGGCGGUCGCUACUCCGACCACGUCUUGGCCAAGUUGAAGGCAAAGAACGGCGGCAUCAGCGCACCGGAGAUGCGCUUGCAGAGUACGAUGUUCGCUAUGCUGUUGUUCCCACCGUUCGUCGUCGGGUACGGCUGGGUGUGUGAAGAGCACGUUCACAUCGCUGCUGUGUGCGUGAUACUCUUUUUCGCGGGCUUCUUUGCUAUUUGCAUUUACUCGAGUACGCUGGCGUACAUUGUCGACGCCAAUACCGGUAGAUCAUCCUCGGCCGUUGCCUGCAACAGCAGUCUGCGAGGUCUGGCCGGUUUCAUCGCCACGGAAAUUGCGGUGCCACUGCAGAACGCUCUAGGCGAUGGCGGUCUAUACUCUAUGUGGGCGGGGCUUAUGCUGGUUUCCGAAACGCUCAUUCUGUUGGUAUGGUGGAAGGGAGGUCGCUGGCGCGAAGCAUCGAGCGAGAGAUCAAGCGCAAAAAUAUGA